CACGUGAUGGAAGACCUGAAGAUCGCAAUCAUCGGCCAGAGUAACUUUGCGGCCGAAGUCCUGGAGCUUCUGCUGGAGCGCGAACACCUGGUGGUCGGUGUGUUCACCGUGGCCGAUAAAGGCAGCCGGGAGGACAUUCUUGCGACCACCGCCCGACAGCAUCGGAUUCCCGUGUUCAAGUUUAGCGCCUGGCGUCGGAAGGGCAUUCCGAUACCGGAGGUGCUCGAGCAGUACCGAUCGGUUGGGGCCAACCUGAAUGUGCUGCCGUUCUGCAGUCAGUUCAUUCCGAUGGAGGUCAUCGAUGGGGCGGCGUACGGCAGCAUCUGUUACCAUCCGUCGAUCCUGCCCCUGCACCGUGGUGCCAGUUCCAUCUCGUGGACGCUGAUCAACGGAGAUGAUCGGGCCGGGUUCUCCAUCUUCUGGGCCGACGAUGGGCUCGAUACGGGGCCACUGUUGCUGCAGAAACAGUGCACCGUCUACGGGGACGACACACUGGACACGCUGUACAAACGGUUCCUUUACCCGGAGGGUGUUACAGCGAUGGCCGAAGCGGUCGACAUGAUAGCGGCCGGAACGGCACCGAAAAUUCCACAGACCGAGAUCGGCGCUAGCUACGAUCCAGCACUGUUCCGAGAGGAGAACCAGUAUCUCAACCUUAACCAGCCGGCGCUCAGUAUCUUCAACUUCAUCCGCGGCCUUGAUUCGGUCCCAGGAGCGCUGGCCGUGAUCGAGAUGGACGACGGAACGACGGUGCCUGUGCGGCUGUUCGGAGCAUCCCUUAGCGCUCGACGAAGUAUGGCCAACGGCACACCGCUCCACUUUAAGGGCUCCACCGGUGAGGCGUACGUCACCCGGGAGGGAAUCUUCAUCACCGGAACCGAUGGAGGCUUGGUGAAGGUGAAGCGACUCAAGCGCGGCAGCAAGGUGAUCCCGGCCAGUGAUUGGUUUGCGCAGACGAACACCAAGUCGGUGCCGCUCGAGUUGAACGAGAAGGAACAGGAACUGGAUGCGUGCCUGCGGGCAAUCUGGAAGUCGAUCCUGAAGCUUGAGAUCGAACCGGAAACCGACUUCUUCGCGUGCGGUGCCGGCUCGAUGGAUGUGGUGCGGCUGGUGGAAGAAGUGAAAGACGCGCUCGAAGUGGCAGUCAGCAGCGAAACGGUCUUUAUGGCUCCGGCGUACGGAGAGUUCCUGCAGGAGGUCGUUCUCCGCCUGCGUACUGGAGGCACCGAUCAGGCUUCCACUCUGAGCUGUGACUCCGACAAGCACGUCCUUCUGGAGGCCAACAAACGCCGCAUUCGCGUUCCGACCCAGAUGUUCGUCAACGGUCGCUUCAUCGACGCGCACCAAGGGAAAACCCUUCCCAUCGUGAAUCCCACCACGGAGGAGGUGGUUUGCGAAGUGGCGUGCGCCUCGGCGGAAGACGUGAACCGGGCCGUCGAGUGUGCCCACGAAGCAUUCGGCACCGUUUGGGCAACGGUUUCGCCCCGGGAGCGGGGCCAGUUGAUGUACCGACUGGCCGACCUGAUGGAGCAGCACCGGGAGGAGCUGGCCACGAUCGAAUCGAUCGACUCCGGAGCGGUCUACACGUUGGCCCUGAAGACGCACGUCGGCAUGUCGAUCGAUGCGUGGCGCUACUAUGCCGGCUGGACGGACAAGAUAGAGGGCAGCACCAUUCCGGUGAGCCCGGCCCGGCCGAACCACGUGCUGACGUUCACCAAGCGCGAACCGAUCGGAGUGUGCGCGCUGAUUACGCCCUGGAACUACCCGCUGAUGAUGCUGUCGUGGAAGAUGGCCGCCGCCAUUGCCGCCGGCAACACGGUGGUCAUCAAGCCGGCCCAGGUUUGUCCGCUGACGGCGCUCAAAUUUGCCGAGCUCUCGGUACGGGCCGGUUUCCCGCCGGGGGUGAUCAAUAUCGUGACCGGGAAGGGUUCGCUGGCUGGCCAAGCGCUGGCCGAUCAUCCGUUGGUCCGGAAGCUGGGCUUUACCGGUUCGACACCGAUCGGCAAACGCAUCAUGGCGGCGUGUGCCGAGUCGAACAUUAAAAAGUGCUCGAUGGAACUCGGCGGCAAGUCACCGCUGGUCGUGUUCGCGGACUGCGAUCUCGAGAAGGCGGUCCGGUUGGGCAUGUCGUCGGUGUUUUUCAACAAGGGCGAAAACUGUAUCGCCGCCGGGCGCCUCUUCGUGGAGGAUCGCAUCCACGACGAGUUCGUGCGGAAGGUGGUCAAGGGUGUGCGAACGAUGCGCGUGGGCGAUCCGCUCGAUCGCGGGACGGCCCACGGGCCCCAGAACCAUCUCAGCCAUCUGCUGAAGCUCCAAGAAUACUGUGCCCUGGGUGUGAAGGAAGGGGCCACGCUAGUCUGCGGUGGCAAGCGGGUGCCGAGCAUGAGGGGCUUCUUCUUCGAACCGACCGUCUUCACCGACGUCGAGGAUCACAUGCAGAUCGCCCAGGAAGAAUCGUUCGGACCGAUCAUGGUGAUCUCCAAGUUUCAUGCCAGCGACUUUGAUGCCCUCGUCGCGCGGGCUAACGAUACCGAGUACGGGCUGGCAAGCGGCGUGUUCACGAAGGACAUUCAGAAGGCGCUACUGUUCGCGGAGCGUGUCGAAUCGGGAACCGUGUUCGUUAACACGUACAACAAAACGGACGUGGCGGCCCCGUUCGGUGGGUUCAAGCAGAGUGGUUUCGGGAAAGAUUUAGGACGGGAAGCGUUAAACGAAUACCUCAAAACAAAGUGUGUGACUAUCGAAUACUAG